ACCAGGGCUGGUGCAAAUGUCAGCAGAGGUGAGGAGGAGGUCGUAGAGAAGGAUGUGGAUGUGGGAUCUGGAUUUGUGGUGGUGGGAGGAGUGGUAGAUUGGAAUGGGAUGAGUAGAGCUGGUGGGAACAGUAGAGGGGGGAUGGUAACCAGGAUGGGAAGAUGGACCCGGUGGGGGGGAAGGGAGGAGGAUGGAGAAGGAUGGUUGCUCUGAGACAGGAAGGGUGUGGUGAGAGCCAUGCCUGUAGAAAGACUGUGUCAUGAUCUGCUUUCGCAAUCAGCAUUCCCUUCCCAUUGUUUGCUCUCUCCCACCCUCCUUGGCGUAUUAUUAUUCUCUUUGUGGUUUACAUUCGUAAAUUAUUGGGGCAGGGACCUAGUCCAACUGUGUUUCAUAAAGAAUUUUGUGCAACUCUGCUACUGUGUACGUAACAUAUAGUAGCCGAAAUCCUAGGUGCUUUUUGUAAGAGUCCGGGGUUUGACCCAGCUUCCUAGGCUGCAGAUACUCACCCAUCUGUUAGGUGGCAUGCUGUGCCCCAGUUGUCUGCCACCCUCCAUCCCAAAGGAUGUCCGUGAGAUGGCUGUAUGUCGAGGGAGGAGAAGCAGCUCGAAUUGUCCCUGGAGGCGCUUAUUAGCCAGGUGGCUGACCUGAAGAAUUCCUUGGUCAGCUUCAUCUAUAAGCUAGAGAAUGAGUAUGACCGGCUCACCUGGCCCUCAGUACUGGACAGUUUUGCACUGCUCUCAGGCCAGUUGAACACGCUGAACAAAGUGCUGAAGCAUGAGAAGACGCCCCUAAUGCGCAACCAGGUCAUCAUCCCCCUGGUGCUAUCUCCAGACCGUGAUGAGGAGAUCAUGCGACAGACAGAAGGGCGUGUGCCAGUCUUCAGCCAUGAGGUGGUGCCGGACCACCUCCGUACCAAGCCCGACCCUGAGGUGGAGGAGCAGGAGAAGCAGCUGAUCACAGAUGCAACUCGAAUCAGCUCUGAUGUGGCACAGAAGCAGAUCCAGAGCCUGAACAAAAUGUGCUCAAAUCUGCUGGAGAAAAUCAGCAAGGAGGAGCGAGAGUCUGAGAGUGGAGGUUUACGGCAAAACAAGCAGACUUUCAACCCUGCUGAUACCAAUGCACUGGUGGCAGCCGUGGCAUUUGGAAAAGGGCUGUCGAACCGGAGGCCUCCAGGCUCAGGGGGACCUGUCCAAGCAAGUCAGCCAGGUGCCGGUGCCAUCAUAGCAGGGGCUUCAGGCAUCCAGCAGGUCCAGAUGUCAAGUGCUUCUAGCCAACAGCAGCCAAUGCUUGGAGGAGUUCAGAUGUCACAGGCAGGCCAGCCAGGUAAGAUACCCAGUGGCAUAAAAACCAACAUCAAAUCUGCCUCAAUGCAUCCAUACCAGAGAUGAGCAGAGAGGAGCCUCGUCCUGGCUGACCACACGACACUAGCAUUGUUCCUGCCAAUUGCCACUCCAGGAUUUCCUUCCAUGCCUGUCAGAUCCCCUCAAGCCUCCACUCAUCAUCCCCAGCAGAGAGAUUUCUGGGUGGGCUCUCCCCUCCUGUGAGCUCCAGGCUGUCUCCUCCAUCUGGUUUUAUUCAGUGCUGGAGGGUUUGUGCAUAACUGCUGGUGGCCACGUGCUUGGGGUGGGAGCUCCCCAGACAAGGGAAAGCCUGUCUCCCACCUGGUCUGGCGUGGAGGGGCCCAUACUCUUCGUUCAUCCAAAUGCAGAACCUGAACAGCUUCAGAGAAAACUCUUCUCCUGGCUUCUGUGUAAGGAGGUGCAUGAAGGUUGCACUGCCCCCUCCCUUUCCCCUGCCUCCCAUUGUUGAAUAAAGACCCUGUACUAUGCCAAGUGUGACCACUGUUGGCUGUGUGUCAGGUCCCAAGGAGCCUCGCAGCCUGAUCCUCAUUUCCCUUUGGGAAUGGCUGUAGAACAGCUCUGCCUCUAAACAUGGCAUGGAGCUGGCCAUUUAUAUGGCAUCUUGUUCUCUAUUGAAUACUGAUACGGAGGUUGAAUCCAGGAGUUGCUGUUGGGUUUCACCUGGACACAGCACUCCCUGCCAUGAGCAGCAGAAUUUUUAUUUACUGUAAAACUCACAAUAGCUAUUCCCCAGGCACCAGUCCUAGAAUGAAAAAAAAUCCAUCCAAGGGGAAAACGAGUAACCCUGUACCACCCUUCAAGAUGCCAUGCUGUGAGGGUCACAGCAGAGGGAGCUGCAGGAACAGAAGCACAGAUGUUCUGUUAUCUAAUGUCUCCACUUGCCCUGAUCCCAUCCCAUCUCCUGAUCUCCCUCGCACCAACUUUCACUCUUCUCUGUAAUUUCUCACUCUCCUCAUGCUCUUUCCUCUUGCAGUACAAACAUGCUUUAGUCUUUCCUAUUUUAAAAAACCCUCGCUUGACCCCACUUGUCUCUCCAACUACUGCCCCAUCUCCCUUCCAUCUACAAAGCUCAUUGAACACACUGUCUAAAAUAAUAGAUUAUCAAGGCCAGCAGGGACCACUGUUGAUCAUCUCGUCAGUCCUCCUAACACAAAGUGUAGAGCUUGCUGUCUGGAGUUCCAUCCUAGGCCCUGUCCAAUCUGGCUUCUGCCCUUACACUCCACUGAAAGCACUCUUGCCAUGGUCUCGAAUAACCUCUUCCUAGACAAAGCUCCUCAAUCUGUCAGCCACCUUUGGCACCAUCAACCAUGCUCUUCUUUUGGAAAUCCUGUCCUCCCUUGGCUUUGGUGAUUUUGCCCCUUCCUGGUUCUCCUCAUACGUCUUUAGUCACACAUUCAACAUGUCCUUUGGAGGGGGAUCCUCAUCUGCACUCCAGCAUUAUAUGGUGGCUCCAUAUGGCUUUGUCCUUGGUCCUCUUCUCCCUCUACACAUCUAUACAGGGUAAUCUCAUCCACAAAUACAAGUUCAACUACCAGCUGGAUGCUGAUGACUCUCAGAUCUACCUUUGCUCCAGGCAUGUCUCCUUCUGUCCAGACUUAAAAUCUUGGCCUGUCUCUGACAGCUCCUCGUGGAUGUCUAGCCAUCAGCUCAAGCUCAACAUGGCUAAAACAGCUCCUGACCUUCCCCCCCAUGUCCUCCUCACUACCUGCUUACUUGAUCACUAUGGAUUUAGUUGGGGAUUGGUCCUGCUUUGAGCAGGGGGUUGGACUAGAUGACCUUCUGAGGUCCCUUCCAACCCUGAUAUUCUAUGAUUCUGUGACGCCACCAUCCGCCCGCCUGUCACUUGGGCCCAUUACCUGGGCAUCAUCUUUGACUCAAACCCCUGUCUAAGUCCUUGCAUCCGGAUUAUGUUUUAAUCUUGCCAAAUCUUUCUGCAUAACAUCUCUAAGAUAAGGCCUUUUUCUGUCCACCCAAAGAGCUAAAACUGUCAUCCACGUUCUCUUGAUUAUUGCCACAUCUUUCUGUCUGGCCUUGACAGAUGCUGUCUUGCCCUGCUUAUAUCCAUUCUGAUUUUCAAACACGCAUAUUCAUGCUUUCUCCUAUGCUGCCUCUCAGGCUUAGGAGGAGCUCCCCUCAUUAUCCUCCUAUAAAUGCCUCCUUAAACUCCUUUACCAUGAGGCCUACAAAAAAAUUAACUAAGAUUAGGCUGUUGGUGUGCUGAGUCGUGUUGUCCCAUUGUUUCCUUGUACUCUUCCAUCCAAUAACAGAGAUUCUUCUUCAAGUGCUGGCCGUUCUGUGUAUUUCACUGUGGGUACACAUGUGCUGCAUGCACCCAGAGUUGGAGAAUUUUGAAGGCAGUGUCUGCCAGCCUAAUAUCAACACAGACUUUAGACUUUGUCAAGGUGUAACUAAAUUCAGUCACGGCAAGGGCUUACCUGCCAGUGGACAGGUUCCAAGCAACGAAUGACCUUAUGGAUCAGGUCACGAACAACCCUUGAACAUCAACCAAAAUUUCUCUCUCUCUCGGCACAUACGGCUUCAUGCACUUGCAUCACAUCGUUUGACAGACUCUAUCUUCGCUGCCUACAGGCAUGGCUUCAGACAGUGUACUCAUCAAACAAACUGUCCGUGAACACAAGAGUAAUAUUCCCACCAUAGUAAUCAACUCUACUAUGGUGGAAGGAUCCCACCAAAUAUGCAUAGGUGUCCCUUCCUUUCCCCCUCACCAGGCACAGUGAUCAUUACAGAUGUCUCCCUCUUAGGCUGGGGUGCCCAGAUGGACAGUCAUACAGCACAGGACACUUGGAUAUCCCGAGAGAGCAGGAUGUAUAUGAACAUUAUGGAACUGUGGAAGCCUUUCUCCUAUUCAUACAAUGUCCCCAUGUCUUGGUAAUAUCGACUAAUAUGACAACCAUCUUUUACACCAACAAGCAGGGAACAGUGAGAUCCAUCCCCGUGUGCAGAAGCAGUCAAUCCAUGGAACUGGUGCAUCAGCAAUCAGAUCAGGCUUUCGGCAGCUUACCUUGCAGGGAAUCCAAAUGAGCUGAUGGUCACGUUCAGCAGACGCUUUGCUAUCAACCAUGAGUGGGAGCUACACGACUCCGUGAUAAACAGUAUUUUUGCUGUAUGGAGAACCCCCACCACAGACCUGUUCAUCUCUCAAACAACCAGGAAGUGUAACAUAUAGUGCUCCAGAGGCGCCCUAGGGCUUCAUUCAUAGGGUGACACUCUCCUUCUGCGGUCAGAUCACCUGAACUAGGCCUUCCCUCCCUUACCACUCCUAUCUUGAGUCUUGCGGAAGAUUCAUCAGGACAAGAUACGAGUCAUCAUCAUCGCCCCCAACUAGACCAGACAGUUUUGAUUCCCGAGUCUCGUACUCCUGUCAUCUUAGUCAUCGAUCAAUAUUCAGCCCUUUUCCGAUAGCCUGACCUAGGGGAAGGGCAGAAUCAAGCAUUCCAACCCCCAAGCACUCCAUCUCAGGCAUGUUUUUUUGGAUGGGCAUCAACUCUAGAACAUUUCUGCUCUGAAGCCAUGCAAAGCAUCCUUACUAAUAGUUGAAAAGAUUCCACUAGGAAAGGCUACUUAGCCAAGUGGAAGUGUUUCUCUGUCUGGGCACAACAACAUCCCCUUAUAUCCCCAGAAGCUGCAGGUAUUCCCCUUAUUCUUGUCCAUCUUCUGUCCCUCAAAGCAGCUGGUCUUUCCAUCAGCUCUUUAUGAGUUGACCUGGCACCAAUCAGUGCAUACCACCCACCUUCAUAUGGGAACUCAAUUUUUGCUCACCCACUGACUGCCUGAUUCUGGAAUGGCUGAGUUAGAACCUUUCUGCCAGUAAGGAACCCUGUUCCUCAAUGGGACCUACGCCCUUGUUCUUUCGGUGCUCACAAAGCCGCCCUUGGAACCGCUGUCUACAUGUUCCGUGUCUCGCCUGUCUAUGAAGGUUGCAUUCCUGGUAGCCAUAACCUCAGCCAGGAGGUGGGUGUAGGAUAAGUACAAAAUUAAAAAAUUAAAGUUAGCUUAAGUUAAGUGAUAAGGCCAGGAGGACUAAUGUAGGGAGGACGUCUGGUUCAAAGAACAACUAGUGAGAUAAAGGGAAGUUUCUAAACAGAUGGCCUCUGACCAAUAGGGGAAGCUGUAGAUGACUUAAAUAAAACAAAGAGAAUCUGUCUUUAAAUGAGCCAACCCUUCCCUUCCCCAGCCCACACACCAGUGUUAAUGCUUGUGUGAACCCAGGUGCAAUGGGAAAACUGUUGGACAGCAAGAAGGAGGGAGGAAAGGCCUGGGAAAGAAAGGAGGUUGUAAAUCUUACCUGGAUUAAGGCUGGAAAUAAAACUUCUUUUGCUGAAGUCAGUAAUUGGCAGUGACAUAACUUGUUUUAUAAGAUAUAAAUAGUAAAUUCUUAAAGGGUUCAUUGCUAAUACCUGCCUGACCAAGCUGGAGCCGACCAAUAUGGGUCUAAGCACUCCUUGCUUGUAGCCCAUUUGUAAGUAUCUUGAUCAAAUGCUUAUACAUGUUUUGUUACUGUUUGGAUGCAUUGCUUAUUGUUUAGGCUUUUUAGGCAUGUUUAGAGUAAUUGUAUAAGUUUCUUUGGAUUUAAUAAAGGAAUUUAUGGUUGUAAUGGGGUACACACUGCGCCCCUCUGGAUUCGGCCCCUUGGGCCCUCUCCUCCAUGAAUCAGGGGCAUUUCAGUCUGGUGCAACACCCGUGUUCUUUAUUUGUGAUCCAUUUCCAGCUAUAUACAGGCUUUACAGCUGCUUGGCCUACCACAAGCCUGGCCAGCAGCAGACUAGGAGGCGUCUACUCCCUCUGAGCCUGACCUCCCACUCCUAGUCUCCACACACACACACCCUUUCUCUCACUUCCUUCCAGCCUUAUAGGUCCUGCUAAUGAGGCUGGCAGGUGUGGUCAGUUACCGGGCAAACACAGGGCAGUUCACCCAGCCCUGGAGUGGCAGGAGCUGAUUAAGGGCUUCUCUUGCAGUGCCCUGCCACAAUGGUUAAAUUAGUGGUUUUCCAUAUUAAUAAUUUCAAAGAUUAUUAAUCAUUCCAGCAGUGAGUGAUCUUGGAGCACUGAUGGUGGAUCCACCUUACAUCACACUCCAUGGAGACAAAGUUUCAUAGCAUUUGCAUCCUGACUGCUUGUCAGUCCCCACAAUGGAGGACAUAUAGGGUCCACCCCUCAGAGAAGAAGAGAAAGUUACUUACCAUAUAGUAAGUGCAGGUUCUUUGAGCAGUGUGGUCCCUAUCUGUAUUCCACUACCCACCCUCCUUUCCCUCUGCUUUGCAUCAUUGGAUUUGCAGUAGAGAAGGAACUGGACAGGUGGCUAGUCCACUUUGCCCUUUUAUCUCCUUGGAGACACAAGGAGAGCAAGAGCGUGUGCGUGGACCAAUGAACACUGCUUUCAAAGUUCUCUGAGUACAGGUGCAUGGACCACAUGCAUACCCACGGGGGAUUACAGAUAGGGACCAUACAUUUUAAAGAACCUCCUGUUGUUAUAACAUCAGUAAUUUUCUCUUCCACAGCCUCUGUAGGUAACGUGCUCUAGUGCUUAAGUAUCCUCAUAGUUCAAAAUCUUUUCCUAAUAUCCAACCUAAAUUUCCCCUGCUGCAAACUAAACCAAUUAUAUCUUGUCCUAUCCUCAGUGGACAUGGAGAACAAUUUAUCAUAGUCCUCUUUAUAACAACCUUUCGCAUAGUUGAAGACUGUUAUAAAUUCUCCCCCUGAGUCUUCUCUUGACAAAAACAUGCCUAUUUCUUUCAAUCUUUCCUCACAGGUCAUGUUUUCUAAACUACUUACCAUUUGUGUUGCUCUCCUCUGGACUCUCUGCAGUUCGUCCACAUCUUUCUCAAAAUGUGGUUCCCAAAACUGGACAUGACACUCCAGCUAAAGCCUUACCAGCGCCAAGUAGAGGGGAACACUUACCUCCUGUGGUCUUACAUACAACACUCCUAUUAGUACAUCCCAGGAGGCCAUUUGCCUUUGUGGCCGCAUUGGCUUUUUGUGACCUAUUGGUUAGUCAGUUUUUAAUCCAGUUGAGUGUCAUGUUAGUUUUGCAUCGUUCUAGUUCAAAAUGUUGUACCGUACAAAGUAAGGUGCCUUACAUAAGUCUAAUUAUAUUACAU